AGUUUGAAGUGUGAUUGGUGAAAUCGGGGCUUAAUAAUAAAAUACGAAGAGUCUCCGAGUCGAGUCAGUCCGACUUCACCCGACCGAGCAUUAUAUAGCUUUACCGUUCAAUGAGACGACAGUACCAACGGAAUAUAAAACUAUUCAAAAACAACAAUGAAACACUAACUCAUCAUUUUAUUUAUAAACAGACAAUUAAAAUCAAUUGCGUAUAGGCUUAAGACCGUUAAUUGACAAACAAGCAUCCAAUUUAAUUCUGGACAUCUGUGGAAUGAGUAGUUAUUAUUAAUCAGCGGUGGUGAAACCGAGUGCUUGGAAUUAUGAAAAACGGAGUGCUGUUCAAGAGAAGUCAAAUAAAUCAAUUAUUAUGUGCUUUGGCUGUAAGUUACCCAGCAUUCAUUUACGGGUUGGCCAUCGGAUGGAUGUCACCAAUGUCACUAUUACUGCAAUCAGAAGAUUCCCCGAGAGGUGAACUACUUUCAGACUCAGAGAUAUCUUUGAUGGCGUCACUACCAUAUCUUGUCAGCAUACCGUUGUAUUAUGUGGUAGCCUAUAUCGGGGACAACUACGGCAGAAAAAUUGCAUACUUAUGGAUCUCAGCUGUGGGGUCUAUUAUUUGGAUACUAAAACUCUGCUCGACAAAUUCAUGGAUCCUCAUCUUAGCCAGAUGUCUAGUCAGUGUUUCCAUGGCGGGAAGUUUUGUCACCUGUCCCGUGUAUAUAAAAGAAAUAAGUGAAAACAGCAUUCGAGGGACAUUAGGAUGUUGUACAAUCAUCCUUUUUACCAUGGGUGGACUUUUUGCUUUUAUUAUUGGGGACUUAUUAAGCUACCAAGUUAUUUUACUUUUAAGUCUUAGUUUGUCGUUGCUCAGUUUUCCUCUAUUCUUCUUUUUGCCAGAGACACCUUCGUAUCUUGUACAGAAUAGCAGAGUUGAGGAUGCACAAAAAGUAUUAUGUUGGCUAAGAAGGAAGAACCCUGCAGACAGAAGCAUUCAGGAAGAAAUAAUGUUGAUACAAAUUGAACAAAAAAAUGAUGAAGCUGUUAUUGGGAAAAAAAUAAUAAAAACUAUCGUCUCCGACAAAAUACUAUUCAAAGCAUUCCAAAUAUCACUUAUAGCGGUUCUUUCGAGAGAAUUCUGUGGUGCGGUCCCAGUGAUGAAUUUUGCAGGAACUAUAUUUGCUCAAGCAUCAAAUAGCUCAAAAUUAAUGCUUAACCCUAAUCAGCAAGCAAUGGUGUUGGGCGUCGUGCAACUGGUUGGAUCCAUUGUAGCUUCCAGUAUUGUUGAAAAAUCAGGACGAAAGUUACUGCUUUUCACAACCAGCCUUAUAUCUGGCAUUAGUAUGUUUCUACUGGCUACAUGGUUCCUUCUGAAGAAUAACGACAUUGUUGCUCCAGCAUGGAUUCCAAUCUUAACACUUUGCAUUUGUAUACUUUGUGAUGCAGCGGGUCUAUUGCCCCUUGGAGUAGUUAUUGUUGGAGAAAUAUUUUCUUUCAAGUAUCGCGGCAUCGUGCUGGGAAUAACGUUAGCAAUUGCAAGCCUUUUGGACUUCGUUCAGUUGAUGAUAUUCAAACAUAUGUCACAUCUUAUUGGGGUUGAAUCAUCAUUUUACAGUUUCAGCAUUAUGUGCCUUCUGACGUCUUUGUAUGUCAUAUUUUGUGUGCCAGAAACAAAAGAGAGACACCUCGAUGAGAUUUACAAUGAUUUAAGGGGUAAGAGAAACGAUGCCAUUAAGGGGGCCGAUAGAGAAUCAAACUGUAAAUGAAUGAAUAAAUGUAACGUUUUGUGUAAAUAUAUUUGUUAGUAAAUUG